UGAAAGCUCUUUUCCCAUUGGCUGGUAACCAGUAUAUAAAAUUCCGUGGUAAAAACCUUUCUAUGUCACUUCUGCUCGCUCUCAUUUCGGAAGCUAAAAGAAGGAGUUGCAAGCGACCAUGAAGGUUUUAUUAUUCUUUGCCUUCUUGAGCCUCGCUUUCGCUGAUGAGGAGGACAAUGGAGGAUGGAAUUGUAAUGGUAGCAAUGGACAAAAUUGCCACGACUUCUUUUCACAGUUUCAACAAUGGCAAGCUAGCCAAUCUGGAGGUGGGGGCAGUGGAGGGAGCGGCGGAAGUGGGGGAAGCGGCGGAAGUGGAGGAGGUUCUGGUGGUGGUGGUGCCAGUGGCGGUGGUGCUGGAGCCGGAGCUGGAGUCGGAGUUUCCGCUGGUGCUGUUUCCAGUGCCAGUGCUUUAGCUCAAGCAAGAGCAACUGCUGAAGCAAGGGCAGCCGCUGAAGCAAGAGCAGCAGCAGAAGCUAGCGCAAAGGCAGCUGCGGAUGCAAGGGCAGCCGCUCUAGCUUUUUCUAGCGCCGGUGCUGGCGCAGCCCGUGGCGGACAAGGAAGGACCGUGUACCUAUUACAAGGAGGAGGUUUCGGAUCUCUCUUUGGUGGUAGUGGAGCUGUUGGUGCUGCGUCAGCUCUCGCCGGAGCCUCAGCCGGUAGAGGAUUUAGAGGUGCUGGUGCUUCGGCCUCCGCCUUCGCCUCUGCUGGCGGACUGGGUAGACAAAUCACCAUCAAUCGUCAUUAUUACAACUUCAACCACUACAACCCCUGCUCGUAUCCUCACAUCAUUCAGAACUAUCAUCUCUGUGGCUACCCAAAAGUCCAGUUUCCCCAAUAUCCCAAAUACGAGCCAUACCAAGCACAAUUUUCUCCCUUCUCACGUUUUGGAUCCAGGUCUUCUGCAUCAGCCUCCGCUUUUGGGUCCGGUGUCGGAUCUGGACUCUUUGACGGAAUUAUCGGUGGACCUGGCUCUGCCUUUAGUUCUAGACGUGGAUCUAGGUUUGGUUCUCGUUUCGGAGGUGGAAAAUACGAUACUCCUUAUUAUCCAUCCAUUAAAGAUUACCCUUUCUAAAGACAGUCUGGUGAAGUUACAAUCCAAGAGUUACUGCAAUGUUUGUAAAUAAAUAUUUGUUAUUUAUAAGAAAAAAAAAUAAAAUUGUAUACAAAAAAUCUUU